AUGUCAAUUAAAGAAGGUUACUUGAAGAAGUGGUCUGAUCGGAAAAACUGGCACGAUGUGUACUGCAAAUUACUCACCAGUGGUUGGUUUCAGUGGUACGAUAGUCCGUCAUCUAUUUCACCUAAAAGAAGCGUUGACAUUAGGCGCGUCGCGGCUUUUCUUGCUUUCGGGGAAGUCAUCCAUCGAGUUCCAUGCAAGCCAACUUCUCUGACGAACUCAGAAAUACCAUUGGCAUUUGGCGUCCCCUUCGAACCUCAUAUGGGAACGCAAAUGGCUUGGUUUGUGUGUCCUGACCAAGCAACAUUAAGUUCAUGGACAAACGCAAUUAUGUCUUUGUUGCAACAGGGCGCUCCAACUCAGCAGCCACUACCACCCUGUCAACCACCUGUGCCAACUGCAGCUCCAGGAGCAAUCGGUUUUGGAAUGCCUGAUGCAGCAGCUUAUGGGGGCAAUCCUGGUGGAUAUGCAUUUCCACCUGUCCAGCCAGCUCCUCAACCUAACUAUGGAUAUCCAACUGGAAAUUAUCUCCCACCUUCAAUGCCUCCAGGACAACCAAUAGCUCCACCAGGUGUUUAUACUCCAGGUACCAGUUCUUCGUAUACUACACCUCAACAUGGUCAACAUUUUGUUGGACAGAAUGGUCAACCUUAUCAAGUUGUCUAUGUGGAUGGUAAACCUAAGAAAAAGAAAUUUGGUGGAUUAAAAAAUGCUGCAGUCGGUCUUGCCUCUGGAGUUGCUGGAGGUUAUCUGGCGAGUCGUUUAUUUGGUGGUUGGGGUUCAGGUUGGGAGGAGGUUGUCAUGGGUUUAUGGGCCCUAGAUGGGGUAGUUGGAGCUCUUUAUCCAGUUUCAGUUGGUCUGAUUAAAACAUUAUGUUCUAUCACAAUAUAUGCAUAUAUCCAGCAUACUUUGUUGUCGUUUCAUAUGUCCAUAAUUUCAACUAUCCAUUUUCAGCAUUUUUAUUGA